AAUCUAGUGAAACUGUCGACAACAAUACUACACGAAAUAAUAAUUGAUUCACAAAAAAAAUAAUGAGUUCUUCAGCAAACAAACCGCCCGACUGUCUGUCUAACCACCAAAUCAUUCAUUUAUCACAUAAACAAUUGAUUUCUUCCAUUGAUUUAACUAUUACUUCGUUUAUCAAAAGUGAUUCACUGCUCAAUCAUUUGCCAUCAGACAUAUCGACCGAAGAGUUAGAAGAUAUGUCCAACCAUUUGAUGGGUCGUUCAAUGUCUUUGAUCGUAGAGCGCGACGACAGCACAACAUUUCAAGUUAUUGUUGGCAAUGAUUCAGAUGUGAGACAAUUGAAGAGAUCAAUUGAAAGAUACUUUUCCUAUGAUUGUCGACGAAAUCAUAUUAAACUAAAUCAUCGAAUAAAUUGGCGGUUUGUUUGGCGGACUUAUUGUAUUAAAUUUAAUGAUCAGAUUCUUAGCGAUGAUUUGAUUAAACUAAAAGAUUUAGGGAUUCAUAACAAUUGUAAACUUUGUUUCAUUAGAAAGUUUUUCAAAUAAAUGAUUGAAUGUAAUUAUUUUAAGUAAAUUAAUUGAUAAUACAUUUGUUUAUUUUGUCAAUUUUUAUAUA